AUGGAAGACAACCCUUUUCCAGAACUGAAAAUCGACGAUUUUUCUUUCUUGAAUUCGACCGAGAAGAGAGAACGCUGUUCUAAAUGCAACAGAUCAAGAAAAUAUUACUGCUAUACUUGUUAUAAACCAGUCAACGAUUUUAUUGCCGACAGAAUCCCUAAAGUGAAACUUCCAGUGAAAAUUGAUGUAAUAAAACACCCAAGUGAGGUUGAUGGUAAAAGUACAUCUCCACACGCUGCUAUAUUAGCAUCUGAUGACGUUACUAUAUACGACUACCCUUGUAUACCAACUUACGAUCCUUCUAAGGUAAUUACCAUUUUAAUUUUUCCUGGUCCCAAAUCUUGUGAUUUAGAGGAUGUUUUAGGAUUAAAGAAAUGUAACAGUGAAACUAGUAAGCAUAACUGUGAAACUAGUAAACGUAGCAGUGAAACUAGUAAAGGUAACAGUGGAACUAUUAAAAGUAACAGUGAAGCUAGUAAAACAAUCUGUAAAGUGACUCCAUGGUUUGAUAAAGUUGUGUUUAUAGACUCUACAUGGAAUCAAACUCCCACUAUUGCCAAUGAUGAAAGAUUGAAAGAUAUUAAUAGAGUAGAAAUAAAACUACGAAAAACCAAAUUUUGGAGAACACAAGAUGGUAAUCCAGAUGAAUAUCUUUCCACUAUAGAGGCUAUUUAUUAUUUUCUCACGGACUAUCAUGGACUAUGUAUCAAUCCAAUUUAUUCGAAUGAAUAUGACAACCUCUUGUUCUUUUUCUGUUUUAAUUACAACAAAAUUAGGCAAGCAAGCGGGGGAGGUAAAACUAUCAAAGCCUAUUCAAAGAAGAAGAAAAAUGAAGGGAUUUUAAAUGCAUAA